UUUGGAGAGGUGCAACACGUCAGAGUGUAUCGCGAUCACCGCAGAGCCUCAAGUGCGCGAGUGUGUUCACCAAGUAAGAUUCUUCCGCGCGUGUAUGUGCAUGCGAUGGAUAUAUAGGAGAGGUUUGAACACGUAGAACGCGGUCGAUAUGGUGAGCAGCUCAUGAUCCCAUCGAUACAAACCGACGCUCAGCCCUGCGUCCAUAUACGAACUUCGAGCCACACGAAAGUCUCGCGACGUCGCGAACCGCCAGGCCCCGCCAUGUCCCUCGCGGACAGGCUCGACCGCAUCGUAACCCCACAACUCGACGACUGGGUACGACACCCCGACAUCCACGCCCGACUGGUACACUUUGACCUUCCCCUUGGCCUGGUGCCCUUCCCUUCCUCUUCACCCAGUGCAAAUGAAUACCCGCGGUCGAUCCGCAGCAUCUCGUCGUCCAUGGCGCUGUGCAUUCACCAUUCAAACCCCUCCACAUGCCCCUCCACACACCCACCCUCCCUACUCUCACACUACGCAAACACAGACGCUACACCCACAGAAACUUCCCUCAACACGAAUCUAGCGGACCAGUUCCCGGGGCUACCACUCCUCGAGGAUAACAAUGGCGUCCUCGAGCGCCCCGCAGCACACAUCAUGUUGCCCGUCUACGAGUGCACGUUCUGGUUCCUCGGUUGCGGAUACAUUUCCUGCGACGCAGAUGAAUGGACGACGCACUGCCUGUCACACUUCCGGGGCGAAGAACCCCCGCGAUCAGUGCAAUGUCCGCUCUGUGAAUGGGCUGUGACAUGCGAUCAUGGCUGGAGCGCGCGGAUGCAGCACAUUGAGCGCGAGCACGCCAUAUUCGGGCAGACGCUGAGGCUGUCGAGGCCGGAUUUCGCGCUGUAUAGGUGGUUGUGGCAGCGGAAGUUGAUCGGGGACGGGGAUCUGAAGGAGUUGUUAGGUGGGAAUCAUAAUCUGGAGAGGGGGCUGGGGAAUGGCGUUGUUACGCAUGGGAGGGAGGGGCGACGGGGCGAGGCGAGACGGAGGGUGGUGCAGCAUGUUAGUGUUGCUUCGCGACGGCAGGCUGGUCCUGUGUAAUGCGUGCUUUUUUACGACGUUAUGACGUGGUGGGUUGGGGGAUACGGUUGAUGAUUUACGCUGCAGUCUCUUUUCGAUUCUUGUCUUCCUGGGAUAUGUUCUUUCUACUGCACCUUCUUCAAGAUCAUAUCCCAAUCGUUUUGUUUCACUUCGUUUCCUCUUUUCUUUUGACCGUAAAAUAGGCAGACUGGCUCUCGGAUAGUCGAGAUACCCAGAACGAAGCUGCAGCAAAGUCUUCUAGCUUGACGGCUACAUGCAAAAACUCGAGCGAAGCUUUUACGCCUUGAGUAUUACAAAUAUACGUCAACCAGCCUGCUGCACUCCUAGUCGAUGAAUACAGUAGUCCAACC